AAUCUUUGGCCUUUUUUAGUGCAUUUUGUGAACGCACAAAUUUAAUUUAUUUUCUAGAAUCUUAAAUAAAAACCCAGAAUAUCUGUGUCGCCAUGUCCACGAGAUGGUAUCCCAUCUACCAGCGCGGCAACCCGCAGCUGCGUGUCUUCCUGCCCAACUUCUGGAUGAAGCUAAUCCGGCCGGCGGAGGAGCAGCCGCCAAAUGUGGUCACGUUCUCGGUUUCGAUGGAGAUGACCAAGUAUGAUGUACGAAACUACCUGGAGAAGAUCUACAAGCUGCCGGUGGUGGAUGUGCGCACUAGAAUUGCAUUGGGAGACACCAAAAGGGAUCAGACCUACGGCUAUGUAACCAAGAAAGAUGAUGUGAAGCUGGCUUAUGUAACACUGCCCAGGGAGCAGUCCUUCGUGUUCCCAGAAAUGUUCGCCGAAAAGGCGGAAAAACAGGCUAAGGAGGAGAAAUCACUGGAUGAGUCCAAGGAGGGCUUCAAGCGAUUCCUCGAUCGCAAUAAGAAGAGACCCGGCACACCCGGCUGGUUUUCAAUUUAGAUUUUAUAACUGUUUAGCUUAGGUGGUUUUCUGUUGUUUCAACGGGGUAAAUAAACAUUUAUUUUGAAAGUCCGAA